GCGGUCCUUGACUUCCCGUCCGCUCCCUCUCGGGGACACUGCGCCUCAUCAGGUGCGCCCUUCCAAACUCCCUACCCGUUUGCUCCGUGUCCCCACCUCACACCAUAUAACCCCUCUCCAUCUUCCUUGGGUCCUUGCCCCUUGACCUAGUGCCCCUGUUUCUAUCUUCCCAUCUGACCCCUGGUGACGGUCUGUUCCCACCGACGACGCCCAUCCAGCCUCCGCUCCUCCAGGUCCCUCACCCAGGCCUCCCGCCCACCCUACCUCGUCCUCCGGACCCCUCUCGGGCCUGACGUCCUCGCCCCCCGCCCCCAUGGUCCCGGAGCCCAGCCCUGCCAACAACAGCACCCCGGACUGGGGGUCGGGGCCGCCGUCGGAGCUGGCGGGCAGCGGCUGGGUGGCGGCCGCGCUGUGCGUGGUCAUCGCGCUGACGGCGGCGGCCAACUCGCUGCUCAUCGCGCUCAUCUGCACGCAGCCUGCGCUGCGCAACACGUCCAACUUCUUCUUGGUGUCGCUCUUCACGUCGGACCUGAUGGUGGGGCUGGUGGUGAUGCCGCCCGCCAUGCUGAACGCGCUGUACGGGCGCUGGGUGCUGGCGCGCGGCCUCUGCCUGCUCUGGGCCGCCUUCGACGUGAUGUGCUGCAGCGCCUCCAUCCUCAACCUCUGCCUCAUCAGCCUGGACCGCUACCUGCUCAUCCUCUCGCCGCUGAGCUACAAGCUGCGCAUGACGCCCCCGCGCGCCCUGGGGCUUGUCCUGGGCGCCUGGAGCUUGGCUGCCCUCGCUUCCUUCCUGCCCCUGCUGCUGGGCUGGCACCAGCUGGGCCGCGUGAGGGCCCCUGCCCCGGGCCAGUGCCGCCUGCUGGCCAGCCUGCCGUUCGUCCUCGUGGCGUCGGGCCUCACUUUCUUCCUGCCCUCGGGCGCCAUCUGCUACACCUACUGCAGGAUCCUGCUGGCCGCCCGCAAGCAGGCCGUGCAGGUGGCCUCCCUCACCACCGGCAUGGCCGGCCAGGCCCUGGAGACGCUGCAGGUACCCAGGACCCCACACCCAGGGAUGGAAUCAGCCGAUAGCAGGCGUCUGGCCACCAAGCACAGCAGGAAGGCCUUGAAGGCCAGUCUGACACUGGGCAUCCUGCUGGGCAUGUUCUUUGUGACCUGGCUGCCCUUCUUUGUGGCCAACAUAGCCCAGGCUGUGUGCGACUGCAUAUCCCCGGACCUCUUCGAUGUCCUCACAUGGCUGGGUUACUGCAACAGCACCAUGAACCCCAUCAUCUACCCACUCUUCAUGCGGGACUUCAAGCGGGCCCUGGGCAGGUUCCUGCCGUGUCCCCACUGCCCUGAGGAGCGCCGGGCCAGCCUCGCCUCACCCUCUAUGCGAACCUCUCACAGCGGCCCCCGGCCCGGCCUGAGCCUGCAGCACGUUCUACCACUGCCGCUGCCACCUGACUCCAGUUCUGACUCAGGCUCAGGUUCCGGUGGCUCCUCGGGCCUGCAGCGCACGGCCCAGCCCCUGCUGCCUAGAGAGGCCCCCCGGCAGCCCCCGCCCUCUGCCAGGGCUGCCGCGGUGGUCAAUGUCUUCAACAUCGAUCCUGUGGAGCCCCAGCUGCAGCUGCAUCCCCUUGGUGCUCCCACGAACUGACCCGGGCUUGGAGCUGGUCGGCGGGAGCUGGACUGGAUAGAACCAAGUCCCCAAGUCUUUGGACCAGCUCUUGGCUAAGGCUGGCAGGCUGCAGGUGUCCUGGGGGCCCUCGGAGCGCCAGUGGGGUGCACUGAGCCAGCCCCCACUGCCCACCCCUGGCGGGGGGAAACAGCUGGCUCAGAUACGGUUUUCUCCAGGACGCCCCACUGCUGAGUGCAACCUGUGGGUGUGUGUGGACGUGGCUGGAGGACUCUGGCAGAGGGGAAAAGGACUUCUGGGUUCAGGUUAGGGUGAAGACAAUCAUCUUUGACAUUUGAUGAGACUGCAGGGGAGGGAUGCCUCUGUCUGCAGAGGUGGGUGAGUGCUGGGCUGAGUCCCUCAUUCCUCAAAGGGUAGUCCUCAGGCCACCAGCAUUUGUGGUACCUCCCUGGAAUUUGUUAAAAAUGCACACCAUUACCCCCUCCCCUCCCGCCAUCCAAGACCUGCUGAGUCAGAAUCUGCAUGCUCGCAGGAGCCCCAGGUGAACUGUGUGCACCGUAUAGUUUGAGCCACGCUGGCUUGGAUGAUCUUUAACCGUGAGAAUGAUUUGUUUUCAGUCUGGACAGUGCCUCAGGAUGUGUGUGGGGCUGCACAGAAAAACACCUGGCCUGGGAGUCAGGAAGGCAGAAAUCCGAAUCUCCGCUCCACUACUCACUAGCUCUUGCAUAGGUCUCUUAACCUUUCUGAGCCUGGUAUUCCAUGUACAAAGUGGGGUAACAAUGCCUGCUUCAUAGGGUGUCACCAGAAUCAGGAGAACAUGUGUAGACUACCCAGUACCUACAGGUGGUCCUGCCGUAGGUGGUACCAGCUGUUGCCACAACUCCUGGGCAUUCAGCCCCCUUGGCCUCUCGCUAUGGGCCAGGAAGGGCUGUUUGUUCCCACUGUUUUUCCUAUCUCUCUCCUCCUCUUCAGCCCUGGCCCAGAUCCCACCACCUGACUGACCAUGGCUCCCCACCUUUUUGCUCUGGAUGCCGGGCGGGGCUCCCAUCCCCGCUCCCAGGCUGCUGCACCGCCUCUCCUGGGGGGGCAAAGCGGGAGCUGGUGGUUUCUUGCUCAACACCAGGAAUAGGUCUCCCUCCACCCUGGAAGGGAACUAACUGAUGGGGAUAGACCAGCCCAUGGCCCCACCUUCUCCUGGCAUUGCCUGGGUCGGCCAGGGAAACAGGAGUCUUGGCCACUCGGGUCCGCAGAGCAGGGUGCAAGAGCCUGGUGUGGGUUGCUGCCCUCAGGUGGGUCGGUGGACCCUGGCACAGGGACCUGGGUUGUUUUUGAGGGGGGACUCUUGGUUCCCACAGUUUACCUGCCACAAGGUCCUUUCCAGUCUGAGGCCCCCCAGAUCCAUCACCCCAAACUCCCAGGGAGCCCUCCACUAGUGGCCUGGGGCUCUCCUUGGUGCUGAUUAGAUUCAACUCUGGCCCCUGUCACUGGUUACAAGAGGGCUCAUGGUGCUUGUUGGGGCUUCCCCUCCGCCCCCAGGCCUGCCCGAGUGGAGUCUGAAUAAACACUAGCUGAGGCAA